AUGAACCGAAAUCAAAUAGGAGUUUGUGAUUCUGAAUCUGAAUCAGUUACGUCGAAUUCUCAACAAACACCAACUGAUCGAUCAACAUCGUCAAGCAGAUGUUUUGUAAAAAAGAAAUUGUUAUGGAUUAUUAUUGGUAUUAUCGUUGUUAUUUUGGUCGUAACUAUCCCAACCAUGAUUAUCAAAAUAAAAAAAACAAAUAAAAUAAAACUAUCAACUGUGGCAGCAGAAACAACAAACAUGAUAAAUCCAUCAACUGUAGCAACAGAAAUAACAACGCAACAAAUUACAAUAACGGCAAAAAAUCCAACAACAGAAGAAUCACCUGCCACAUCAACUUCAACAACAACUUCAACAACAACAUCAACAACAACUUCAACAAUAACGUCAACAACAACAACAACGUCAGAACCGAAAUUCAACAAAUGGAAACAAGAUGGUAUCACUGUGGUUGGUUGGAUUACAGAAAAACCAGAAUUAUAUGAACCCAGUUUUCCUGAAGGAAUCUAUAUUGAUAAAAACAAAAAUAUUUUCUUUGCUGAUACUAUGAAUCAUCGCAUUGUUGAAUGGAAACAGAAUAUAAAGGAAGGACAAAUCGUUGCAGGUGGAAAUGGCAAUGGAAAUCGAAUGGAUCAAUUGAAUCGACCAACAGAUGUGAUUGUUGAUGAACAAAAUCAUUUCAUCAUCAUUGCUGAUAUGUUUAACGGACGAGUGAUUCAAUGGUUUAAUCAAAAUCAACAAAUUCUCAUUCACAAUAUUGCCUGUUAUGGCUUGGCAAUCGAUCAAUAUGGAUUCCUUUAUGUUUCUGAUAAGGAAAAGCAGGCGGUGAGACGAUGGAAAAUGGGAGAAUAUAACAACGAAGGAACAGUAGUGGCAGGUGGGAAUGGUGUAGGAAAUCAACUCAGUCUACUCAGAAAUCCUACUUUUAUCUUUGUUGACGAAGAUCAAUCUGUCUAUGUAACAGACAACGCCAAUCAUCGUGUGAUGAAAUGGAGAAAAGGUGCAAAAGAAGGAAUUGUUGUGGCUGGAAGAAAUGGUCAAGGAGGAAAUCUCAAUCAAUUGUCUGACCAUCGAGGAGUAAUUAUUGAUGAUUUGGGUCAUAUCUAUGUGGCAGAUUAUGGGAAUCAUCGAAUAAUGCGUUGGUGUGAAGGAAAAGCAGAAGGUGAAAUUGUUGUGGGUGGAAAUGGUCCAGGACGUCCACCAAAUCACUUGAAUAAUCCUACUGGUUUAUCUUUCGAUGAUGAAGGAAAUCUUUAUGUUGUUGAUGGCGGAGCUAAUCGAAUUCAAAAAUUUGAAAUAAUUUUGUGA